CGUCUCCUGGAGCAGAGGUUAUCGGACGUGGGUUGGACGCCGAGUGAGAACACGGAGCGGCUUAACGCCCUGCGGACCACGGUGGACGAGCGCGACAGCGCCAUCACCCAGCUCCAGUCGCAGGUGGAAGAGCAGCGCAUGUUGCGACUGAACGAGGCCAAGCAAGUUGAGGCCAAGGCAGCCCGAAUCAAAGACUGGGUCACCAACAAACUGAGAGACCUGGAGGAGCAGAACCAGUACCUCCGGGAGCAGAAUCAGCGGUGUAACGAGCAGCUGCAGCUUCUUCGGAACCGGCUCACCCAGCUCAACGAGUUCAAGGCCAAACAGCGAGCCAGCACAGAGGACUCAUCACGCGGCAGCUACGAAGGUGACCGACCCGGCAGUGACGAGAGCAUCCCGCCGGAGCUCCCUGCACGACGCGUGCCACCUCUCGACCCCCACGCACUCUACGCAGAGGUAGACCGGUCGCGGAAGGGUCGCGCCGCGCCUCCACCUGCCGGGCCACCGCCACUGACCGUGGAGCGCAAACGCUACGCGCCGAGUGACGCUGCCGGCAGCGGCGGCGGUAUGCGGGCGUCACGCGACUCUCGCGUCGACUCUGGCUCGGUGGAUCUGGAGACGCCGCACGACCUGUCACCGAACACUCCUCCGGAGCUGGCGCCGGCUCCUCCGCCUCGCGGCCGGCCGCCGCCGCCCACAGCCGCCGAGGAUGAGAUGCACGACUACAGUGAGAUCUACACACCGAGCGCUGACGGCUACCGAUGGCUGCGGGAGGAGGGGGCGGGCGGAGACAGCAAGCCGCCCACCCCGCCGCUGCACCGGUUUCCGUCGUGGGAGGCCAAGAUCUACCAGGUGGCCCAGAAGGGCAUCGCAUCGCCAGCGGCACUGGGGACGACCACCAAUGGCGCUGGCUCGCGACUUUCCACCGUUUCCAACUACUCGGACGUAUCAGUGCCAGUCUACGCCACCGUCAAAGGGCGCGCCUCUCAGAUCCGCUCUGUGCCGUUCACCGGGGACAGCUCUGACAGCUCGGAGGGCGAGGAGGAGCCGGUCGGAGCGGCACGUGCCGGUCGACACAGCCACACCGGGUCCUCGGACGAUACCGUCAGCUCGCCCUCAAAGUCCAAGUCCAGUCCGGCCAAAACCGUCAGCCCGUCACGCAGCCCACGCAGAGAACACAGUGUCGAGGCAGACACCACGGCCGACUACGCGCUGCCCCCGGACGCCGACGCCGCUAGUGUGGACUCUGCCAUGACAAGAGGCUCGUACGCAGCCGGCUCACUCAAGAAGGCCAAGGCUCUGGAGCGUUCCGGCUACCUGACGAAGCUCAGCGGCAAGCUGAAGACGUGGCGGAAGCGCUGGUUCGUCCUUAAGGACGGCAGCCUGAUGUACUGGAAGUCCAAGCACGACGUGUCUCGUAAGGCUCCGCAGGGCGAGAUCAGCCUGGACGAGCGGUGUCGCGUCACCCGCCAGGAGGGAGCGCACACCUUCGAGGUCGGCACGGCCAAAAAGACCAUCUACCUGACGGCGGACAACACGAGUACAGUGGACGAAUGGGUGCGGGUGCUGCAGAACGUCCUGCGCCGAAACGCCGCUCAUCUGCUGCUCAGCCGCGAAGACUGCAGCUCUACAAUCCAAGGCUGGCUGACAAAGGUGAAAAACGGCCACUCUAAGCGCUGCUGGUGCGUCCUCGUGGGAAAGAUGCUGCUCUACUUCAAAACUCCCAACGACACGGUGGCGUCCGGCCAGAUCAACAUGCGCGACUGCCGCGUUGAGGAGGUGUCUCACAUCACCGACUCGGACGAAGACUCUGACACGCCGCCGCAGACUGCUGACCUGACUGUGGGCGUGUUCCCCAGCCACCAGAGUCCCACCUACUUCAUCAUGGCCAACAAGGGAGACAAGGACCAGUGGCUGUACCACCUGACCGUGGUCUCGGGCGGCGGAGGCGCGGCCGGUACCCAGUUCGAACAGAUGGUUCAGCGGCUGAUGGAGCUGGACGGGGACUCGGAGUGUGUGCUGUGGCGACACCCGCUGCUGCUACACGCCAAGGAGCCGCCCCAGCAGCCACACACCACCAUGCCGGAGGCGCUGCACGCCGAGGCCGCCAAACUGUUCAAGUCUGUUCAGCUGUUUGCCUCUGUGCUGGUCGACUCGGCCGGUAUCGACUACCACGUGGCGCUGGCGCAGAACGCCCUGCAGCUCUGCUGCGAGCGCACGGAGCUGCAGGACGAGCUGCUGGCAGUGCUGGCCCGGCAGACGGCACGUCACGUCCACCAGCGACUGGGCGUGCAGGUAGGACGCGCCGUCACCAAGAUAAAACACUCGAGCAACCUGCUGCUGUGCGCCACCCAGUCUCUGUUCCUGUGCGACUCGUCGGGCGGCAAGCCGUCGGCGGCCCAGACCCAGGCCGCCAUGCUGGCGGCGGCUGACAGCAAGUCCAACCCUGCGCCGCACGUCUUCGUACAGACGUGGCAGCUCCUGGCGCUGGCCGUCAGCCUGUUCGUGCCCAAAAACAACAAACUGCUCUGGUAUCUGAAACUGCAUCUGCAGCGGCACGCCGAUCCAAAGACCGAGACGGGCAAGUACGCCGCCUACUGUCAGCGGGCACUGGAGCGGUCCUUAGAGAAGGGCGGCCGGCAGGCGCGGCCCAGUCGCAUGGAGGUGCUGUCGAUACUGCUGAAGAACCCGUACCACCACUCGCUGCCGCACGCCAUCCCGGUGCACUUCCUCAACAACACGUACCAGGUGGUGGGUUUCGACGGCUCGACGACGGUCGGCGAGUUCGUCCAGACGCUGAACCAAGAGAUCGGCUGCCGGGACGUGUCCCAGUCGGGUAUGGCGCUCUACUCGGACGAUCCGUUUCAGCCUGAUCAGCGACACCUCCUGCAGACAGAUGCCAAGCUCUGUGACGUCAUAUCUCGCUGGGAGACAGCCCUGCGCGAGAAGGGCUCCGGAAAGUUCGAGAACACCCGGGUGAUCCAGCUGUCCUACCGGUCUCGGCUGUACUGGCGUCAGUCAGUGAAGGGGGAGACGGACCGGGAGCGUCUGCUGCACGUCUACCAGACCAGUCAGAUGGUCUCCAGCGGUCUGUUCCCGCUGACCACCGAACUGGCGCUGGAGCUGGCCGCCCUCAUGGCUCAGAUUGACCUGGGCGACUACACGGCUGAGCGCGCCCGCGGCUCGGCAGCCUCGGUCAACCAUCACCAGGUGGAGAGGUGCCUGGAGAGAUUCUUCCCGCAUCGGUACCGCGAGAGGUGCAGCCAGGACGAGCGCAGGCAGCUGAGUGGCGCUCUCGUUGAGAAGUGGAGCUCCCUCCGUGGCCGCAGCACGCACGACUGUGUUCGCAUCUACCUAACAUGCACCAGGAAGUGGCCCCACUUCGGGUCGGCGCUCUUCAAAGCCAAGCUAUCUGGCGAGGGCACGUCCGUGUUCCUGGCGGCGGGAGAGGGAGCGCUCUGUGUGCUCAACGUCAACACCCUGCAGGAAACGGCCAGGUACCAGUACACCAGCGUGGUGACGUUCGGCGGCUGCCAGGACGACUUCAUGCUGGUCGUCUCGGAGAACGGCAGCUCAGACGCGGCCACCACCCAGAAGCUGCUCUUCAACAUGCCCAAACCCAAGAUUCUGGAGCUGACACUGCUGAUCGCCGACUACAUGAACGCCCUGGGUCGGAUGCAGGCUGGCGGUCCGCCUCAGAUGGGCACACUGACCAGGGUCGGCUCGGUCCACGCCUCCCGGCCGGAGAGACUGCGGACCAGGAUGCCCAGUGUGGGCUCCGAGGCGGGCGCCGAGCUACUCAGGAAUGGGGGCACCAAGAUCCGUACCAGUCACGAGGCUGUCUAGUCGCUGCCGCUGCCGCAGCCGCCGCAGCCUCCUCCUCGAGCCCUCGUAUAGCUCCGUUCCCUGUGAUCUAGGCCAAUUGUCACCACAGUGUGCCGCUCCUAAGGAUGUGACUGUGUCUGUGUGUGAGUGGGUGGGUGUCAGCGCCGGUGUACCAGUCCGUGUAGGUCUUCCAUGUGGUAGGCGACGGCCGCCCGCGGGCCGCUCCGUAUGAUCUCAGCCCGUCUGAUCUCUAUCCGCCGAUGUGACGGUCGGUCUGUAACGGCCGUGACGGUGGCCCGUGACGGCCGGCCGGUGACUCUGUGUACUGUGUACGUAUGUCGACCUGCCGCGCCGCGUGUGUGUGUGUGUCUGUGUGUGCCCAGUGGGUGUCCGCCGUCGGCAGUGUUGCUGGCUCGUCUGAAUGCCGCUGCUGUAACCAGCCGCGCCUGCUGUAUGUAUUAACGACGUUCGACUGCAUGGCCGCUUUUGUAUGGCCUGAUCGACGGCCAAAGAGCUUUUGCAGAGAUGGAAUAAAAUUUGUAUUAAUGCC